AUGAGCCGGAAGUUCAUGCGACAUGCCCUUUGGGCGUUUGACUUUUUGGUCACUUAUCACGGGAAUGGGGAUAGGCAGGAUGCGCUGGUGUUGUUCGAGUAUGCCGAGAUGAAGGAGGCGAUCAGGAAGGAGAAGGAGGCGAAAGCGGAGAGGUGGGGUGUCAUCUUGAAGAGUCCUGCGAAUAGGCAUAGGCUCGGGUUGGCCAUGCUUAUGACUUUUCUCACUGCCCGAACCCUCACUGACAUCUAUGCAGAUGUCUGGCUCAUCCAUCAUCAUCUACUACUAGAGGCUGAUUUGGUCGUAGACCCCACGGAGAUGCAAACGUUCUCCAUGCGAAGUAAAGGUCUCCUCGUAUGGAACACUGUCCAACAAUUCGAAGGCGCCUAUACAACCUUUGUCGAAGCCGUCGCUCUCGACUCUAUUGGGUGA